AUGGAGCAUUCUCACGAUCGUAGGGGCUGUAGCAACGACAGCACGGGCUCGACUGUCGGGAACAGCAGCACGAGGAAUCGCAGCAGCGAUCCUUGUGGGACCUCGAGCGAUCCUACCCGCAGCAACAUCUGGGCGAAAGACACUGCCGAUAAAAAUAUUAGUCGAGGUAGUACUAUUAGUGGGAGCACGAACACAGGCAGCAUCACCGGCAACUACUACGUGCCUCCUCCGUGGGGCCUCACGAAAGCUGGGUAUGACGCUUUGGGUACUUCGGCAAAUAUAGGCACACUACAAGGUCCUGGAGCGAAAGCAGAAGGGACCGCAGCAGCAGCUGCUCUGCCUCAUGCAGUGUUGCAAGUAAUCCGUCAGGGCAUCACUAUCGAGUCCUUUCGUCUUGAGCAGAAGCCGUAUUGGGUUAUUGGCAGUAAUGAGCAAGCAGACAUUUACUAUCCGCACCCGUGUGUCUCCAGACGCCACCUAGUUCUUCAGUACAGUCAAAGCGCUCCACACAGCCUUUACGCUGUGGACUUGGGCUCCUCUUUUGGCACUUGUUGCAACGGCAAUGCCCUUCCCGCCAGACAGCCGCUCUUGCUGCUCGGGCCAGGUGUCCCCGAAGCUGCUGCCUCUUUCGUUCCCUAUACGCGAACCGAUUCGGACAGUGUUCGCAGCAGCGACAACGCCAGCAGCAGUACCAGCAAAGCGUUGCUGUCUGGAGAUGAAGACGACGGGGAUGAAAGCUGCGUGUUUGUCUUGGGCACGCCAGGAACAACCAACAGGCUGUUCGUAAUCGGAACUGGCAAAGCUGCUGAGAUGGCACUCACACUAACAGCGCAACCGGCAGCAAGAGCAACGAAACCACAGGCAGCGACACUGGCAGCGACGACAGCUAGAACCAAGGCUGCAGCAGGAGCCGCUCCUGCCAAUGCAAAGACAGCCAAACGAGAGUUGAAAGAGCAGCAGGAAGAAGCGCGAUUUCUGCAGUUGGUGCAGCAGCAGCAGCAGCUUGAGGAGAAAGCAGCGGCCGCCGCUGCUGCAGGUGAUGAGGCAAGUGCCGCGGCAGCAGAAGCGGCAGCAGAAGCGGCAGCAGCGGCUGCUGACGCAUUGCAGUGGCAGCUUGACAGCAGGAAACGGCGAAAAGCUGAGGCUUUCUUCGCGGCUGCCUGCAGCUUCGACGAGGAUGACUCCUUCUUUGACAGGACGGCAACAGCAGCAGCAGAUACUAGUACGGGGACGCAGCGGCAAAGUAAGCCUCUGGAUGAGCUAUCUAUCAAGGCAUCUUUGAAGUCCUUGAGGCAGGAGAUAAUGGAGCUUGAACUCCAGAAAAGAAAGGGCGCUGCUGCUGCAGCGAUAGCACAAGGACCAGCUGCUGCCGCUAUCUUAGCAACGAAAACAGCCAGCGUGACUGCACCAGCACAGACAAUCGCAGUCUCGACAACAGCAACAGCAGCGGCAGAUAUAAAGACGCAACCUGCAGCUGCUGAAGAAGAAGAAGAUUGUUUAGACGCUUUCAUGCGACAGACACACGAUACACUGAAUGCCGAAGAGCAGCAGAAGUUGCAGCAACAGAUCGACGCAAAGCGGAAGCAGCUUACCGAAUACAGAAAGCUGCUGAGGGUUACUAAAACCUAA